CUAUAGGGUCACAGUGACCCCAAAGGACCCCAAAGGACCUAUAGGAUCUAUAGGGCCCCACGAUGUCCUCCAGUGACCCCACUGAUGAUCCCACUGUGACCCCAAAGACCCCAGGGUUCCGGUACCGUCUACGUGUGACUACGGGGUCGGAUUGGGGUGCGGGGACGAUGGCGGCCAUAACGGUGACAUUGAUCGGGACCGAGGGUCAGAGCGAACCCUAUAACCUUAUAUGGCCGAUGUACCACCUCAAAGCGGGAUCGCCCGGAUCCCGCGUGACGACGAGUCGGAGCCGCUGCUGCUGCUGCAUCGACGGGAGGAGAAGAAGGAACGGGAGGAGAUGUACCAGUAUAAACCAAUGGGCCCCAUACGCCCCGUCGUGGCCGUGGCGCCUCCAGGCCGUGCCGCCAUCUUUGUCCCCGUGGCCGUCGCCCCCCAACGUGGCCGAGCUGCCCCAUGGAGCCGCGUUCCCGGCACAGCACCGGCUCUGUAUGGCAGCAAGGGUGGCUGCAGCUCAGACCCGGAUCCGGCUGCAUGGUCUCUAUGGGUCGAGGAGCUGGAAGAGCUUUAAGGAACUGGAGGAAGCAAUGGGGGAUCCCGGGACCCCCAUAGCGGGAGGGCCGCGUGUUCCUGGCUGACUAUAGGGAGCUGGACGGUCUCCCCGUGGGUCGCAUCGGGGGGGAGGAGCAGCACCUGCCGGCCCCACUGUGUCUGCUAUGGGUCAGCCCUAUAGGGGAACUGCUGCCCAUCGCCAUCCAGGUCAGCCCCAUAUACCCCAUAUAACCCCCAUAUA